AUGGCUUCACCUAAUGGUUUUUUUAACCACUUAACAUAUUUUCUGGCUGCUGGUGCUGUUACUUUGGGAAUUGGUUUCUUUGCUUUGGCAUCAGCCUUGUGGUUCCUGAUUUGCAAAAGAAGAGAAAUAUUUCAAGACUCUAAAUUUAAAGCAGUUGAUGAGAAAUGCAGACAAAGACCAUCAAAGGCGAAGAUUAAAUCUCAUCCUCAGUGUGUUUUUAUUUCUCGUAAUUUUCAUACUGGAAGACUCCAAUCACAGGAGGAGCAAAGAAAAAAGGAAACAGCAUGUAUAAAAGCAAAUAAUGGUUAUUCUAAAGAUGAUUUCUGCCUUGCAACAAAAAAAGUCAUUUGUGACCCCUCAGAGUCUAGCUCGGCAACAAAUCCCAGCAGUGUUACCUUAAGCUUAUCAACAUUACCAUCUGAUUUUUAUUAUAGCCAAAGUGUAGAAAUAGCUGAUGACUGGUAUUCUGAUGAUUCUCAAAUGAAAAAGAGCCCUCCGAUGCCUUUUCUCGGGGAGCCUCUAAUGGAAAAAGUAUUUUCAUACUUGACAACCAUUCCAUUAGAACAAUGUACUGAAAAUGUACUAAAUAUGACACUUUGUGAUGAUCAAAAAGAUGAUAACCUUAAGGAAAUAUUUACGCGAAGAAAUACAGAGGUUGAAAUACAGAACCUUCAACAUAAUACUGAAUGACCUUUUUCUUUUGAAACUUUGUGUACCCUGAAAUCAUGUAAAGUUAAAACUGAAUUACCAGCUUCUGAGUCUCUUAACAUG